CCUUGGCCGCGGAUUGGUGCCGGAGCCGCUGAGCCGCCCCUCCCCGCGCCCGCCGCGGCCCCAUAUAGGCGCUUCCCUCCCACUCUCGCCAGUCGCCUGAUCGGGCAGGUGCGGCUGUGGAUUUGCUUUCUUAGAGGGCUGGUUCCUGGGGCUCUGUCUCCUCCCGCCGCCAACAGCACCAUUGCCCUCCGGCUCGCCGAGAUGUUCCCCCCGGACUCGAGCUGGAAUAUCUCCUUCGCGGGCUGUGGCUUCCUGGGGGUCUAUCACAUCGGCGUGGCCAGCUGCCUCCAGGAGCGGGCCCCCUUCCUGGUGGCUAAUGCCAAGAACAUCUAUGGGGCCUCGGCCGGAGCCCUCACGGCCACGGCGCUGGUUGCUGGAGCCUGCCUAGGUGAAGCUGGUGCAGAUAUCAUUCGUGUCUCAAAAGAAGCUCGGAAGAGGUUCCUGGGCCCACUACAUCCCUCCUUCAAUUUGGUGAAAACCAUCCGGAGCUGUAUGUACAAGACCUUGCCAGAGAACGCGCAUGUGACAUCCACAGGACGCUUGGGCAUCUCGCUGACAAGAGUGUCUGAUGGCGCGAAUGUUAUACUGUCAGAGUUUCAUAGUAAAGAAGAGCUUAUCCAGGCCUGUGUUUGCAGUACUUUUAUUCCUGUGUAUUGUGGUCUGAUCCCUCCAAGCCUACGUGGAGUGAGGUAUGUUGAUGGAGGGAUUUCGGAUAACGUGCCACAAUAUGAGCUGAAGAACACGAUCACCGUGUCUCCAUUCUCGGGUGAGAGUGACAUCUGCCCCAGGGACAGCUCCACAAACAUCCAUGAGCUAAGAGUCGCCAACACCAGCAUCCAGUUCAACCUUCGCAACCUCUACCGCCUCUCAAAUGCCUUGUUCCCCCCAGAGCCUGUGGUGCUGCGAGAGAUGUGCAAACAGGGCUACCGGGACGCACUGCACUUCCUGAAGAAGAACGGUCUUUUUAAUCACCCAAAGCCUACAGGUCCACUACUUGCCAUCAAAAACUCUGCAGAGGGGGAGGAUGCAGAAGAGGAGGAAAUCAGCGCUGAGGACCAGAUGGAAGAGAACUCUGCCCUAGCUGUUGUUGAAGAUGAUAUCUUUGACCACUUGCCACCCAGAGUGAACCAAGCCCUUAUGGAGGUUUGUGCUGAGCAAGGGGGCCGGUUUACUGGGGUUUCCAAGCUGCUGCCUGUGCGUCUGGUCUCUGCCAUGAUGAUCCCAUACAUGCUGCCUUUAGAGUCUGCCAUCUCCUUCACAGUCAGGCUCCUGGAAUGGCUGCCAGAUGUCCCUGAGGACAUUAGGUGGAUGAAGGAACAGAUGAGUAAAGUCUGCAACUAUCUCAUGAAGGAAGCCAAGAAGAAGCUAGGCAACCAUCUCUCAGCCAGGCUUUACUACCACCUUGAACUCCGAAGGACCCAGAGCCUGCCCAUCCCACUGUCCUCUGCCUGCGGUGAGGCACUGCCUCAGUGGAUGCGAAGCAACCUCUCGUUGACAGAUGUUAUGAUGAAGUGGGAGGAGUACCAGCGCCAGCUCAUGCUGGGUUUGCUCUGCAUCAAUGUGAACAUGCAGGCCUCCAUCUUCCCGCAGGAAGGGCUGAAGAUGAGACCCCCAGUACCAGACUGUGUGCAAGAGAGCCUUCCACUCUUCUGAGUUCACUGCUGCCACCACGGGGUGGGGGGGAGGGAGCAGAGGGGUGGGCAGCAUCGGUGAUGCACCUGGCAACCUGCCACCUUGGGGCCAUUAUUGCCCUGCAUAGGGGACUUCCUGUAAACAAGAAGACAGCAGUCAGUGGAAUGAAACGUAGCUGAUUUGCCCCUUGCUUUGCUAGGCAAGGGACAUCCUGUUAGCAUGAUCACGUUGGCUCGUGAUAACCACUUAAAGACACGUAUCAACACCCAGCAACAGGGAGAUGGCAGUGACUUUUGGCCGCACCAUAGCAAUUCUAGCUGGGCUUCCUUGGGAGACGUACCUGGAACUGCUGGGUCUUCUUUCAAGUAGUUUAGGGGACCUAGUUAGUGUUCUAGAAUGUUUUUGUUUGCUUGUUUUAAUUGUGUCUGAUUUUAAUUAUUUAAAAACAAUUUGAUGUCCUUUGGCCCUUCACUGUGCUACCAAAAGGUAGAGCAGCCUGCAGUGCCAAACCAGCCAUCAGGUUAGCCUUGAGCCUACCCCUCAGGUCUCCUUUAUUUGGAGCCAAAGUUCUUUUUACCUCUGUCCAUGUUCCUUAUCCCCUCUUGAAGCCAACUCCAGUCUUGUUGCUAUCAAUACAGAUUUCACUGGCACUGGAACUGGAGAUUUGCAGGAGUCAACCUGACACCCAUGGUUACUCCAGGCUUCCUUCAUUUCUUCUCCUCUGUCUCUCUUGUUUCUGUCUCUCUUAAGGGGUCUAUGUCAAGCCCGGCUUUUGGAGGCCUGGCAUCUAUAGUGCUAACACUAGCUAGGAUGCUUCCCUUCCCUCUCCCCCUCCUUCUCCCUGUCCCCAAGAAGUUGGAUAACAACUUCAGAGUUUGUUUUUUCAAAGUCAUUUUGUGGGAUUUAGAUGCCCAGUUUCCACUAAUUUGAAUUGAAAUAAUUUUGAAAAAUUCCCACCUUGUUUCCCAGUAUGGGCUCAACAGAUGCCAUGGGGGGGAAGAGGGAAAGACCCAGCACUCUUUCCUGCUUAUGCAGGAGGUCAGACUCGAUGAUCUAUUGAGGUCUCUUCCAACCCUAACAUCUAUGAAUCUAUGAUAUGAAGGGCUUGUAAGAUGGCAGAAAGCGAGAUUGCAUUGUGCAUGUUUCCAGAUGGUUUGUAGUGGGAUGGUGCAGCAGGUUCCCAGCAGAUGGGUAUCUGAGUUGAAAGAGGGCCAGGUUCAAGUUUCAGCUCCAAGGGACCGUGGAGUUGGGUAACUUUGAAACCAAACUUAGCACUGGUGCAACAGAACGGAACUUGACUGAAGUCAGUGUCCACGCUGGUGAUGAACAUGGACCGUAGCAGUGAGGUAGACGGCACUCCACCUUUUACAGGUGGGACCUGCUUGCUUCACAUGUUGACUGAUGAUGGUGGUGUCAAGAUGGAUAGCCAGGAAGAACGAGCAGGAGGAAUGAGGAAGCCGUGGAGCGAAACAAGAAGUGCCUUCAUACAGCCUACUGCCUAUUUUGUUACUUAAGACAAAUCGGUGGGAUUAUACUGGGGCUGAACUCUGCUGACUGUUUCACUUGCCUUUUCAUUGGUGCUGCCUUGAAAUGUCCAUCCCAAGGGAAACCGUUAACCUUAUGCUGCUUGUGUGCUUACAGCUAAGCUAUUUGGAACAUUCUCCCUGAGAAGAUGCCUGUCUAGUUUCAUCAUUGACUAGCUUUGUAAAUGCAAAAUGGCCUCAUUUUUUUCCCCCUAGGGCUGAGGGAUGACUUCUGCUGGGAACUGCACAUACCACAAGCCAAAAGCCCUCAUCUUCUGACUGUCUGUGAUGCACAGACCUUUCAGAUGGUUUUAUCUUCACGAUGCAUCUGGCUGUGCACGGCUGUUUUCUACCUGUCCUAGCACAAAUAAUCUUCAGCAGGCCAAAGCAAAUGCAUACGUUCUUUGAAAGGGAACAGAAUGGGGAGAUCUCAAGUUUUAUAUUUAAAUAUACCCAGAAUCGUGACUUGUAAAAGGUCCUCGAAUGUCACUGUAUAUAACUCUGGUGCCAGGAGCUACGUAAAUAACUGAGAGCUUGGAGAAGGAGAGGAAAUAAUCCAACAGAUCACAUGUGUUCUGGUCACAUUGAGAAAUGGUAGUUUACUUUCAAAAGGUGAAGGGCUUUGUUUUUUGUGGUUGUUUUUUUUUUUUUUUUAGUAGCAGUGUCCUCUACCUACACUUGAGGUGGGUGUGAGAGUUUGAUUCAAAUGAAGAGCAUUCCUAGGAAUGACCUACAUUCCUACAAUUUCUGGCAGGAAAUGGUUAGGUGCUUAACUGCUUGUCACAGAAUUCAUUCUGUAGUAACCAGAUGACUGUGGGGAGCCUUGACACUAAGGGCCUGGUGGUGGUUGAUCUAUCUGUUCCCACAGGGGUUUGGUAUGGAAACAAGCUUAUGUGACUUGGAACGUAAUUUUGCCAGUCUUGAAUUUGACACUAUGUACAGGACAGAAGUGCCUGGAGAAUUGAUUAAAUGAACUUGGUGUUUCUCUUCACCAUAGUCUAAUUUAGCCUUUCUUUAAUGUCACAUUGUUAAGGCAGUGGAAAUAGGAGUCAGAGGUGCUUGCUGCCUGUCUAUAGCCAUAUGCUGAGUGCAUCGGUAGUGCACCAAAAGGGAAGAAGAUUCUUUCACUGCCCUAGAGUCGUGGAAAAUUAGGGUUGAAGGGACUUCAGGAGGUCACCUAGUCCAGUGCCCUGCUCAAAGCAGGACCAUCCCCAACUACAUCAUCCCAGCCAAGGCUUUGUUUAACCUGGUUUUAAAAACUCCAUGGAUAGAGAUCCCACAAUCCCUGGGUAAUCUGUUCCAGUGCUUCACUACCCUCCUUCUUUCCCCACAAGAGAGGCCACAUCGGCAUAACCUCAGUGAGAUGUCCCUUCCAUAAAAUGCUUGCCUUGCCAUGGGUUACACUCUUAUCUGGGAAUAGCUAAUCCUUGCCUGCCUGCCUGCCUGCCUGCCCGCCUGCCUGCCUGCCCACUCUCUCUUUCCCCCUCCCCCACCCCACCCACCCCCCAAAAAAAAGGAAAAAAAGCUUCAGCAGAAUGCUUAUUAAUUGGGAGGUGGGGAAGGAAAGGGAAUUGCCCUUAUAUACAUUUGGUUUGGGAUCAAGGGUAGAAGAGGGCAAAUUUCUUUCUGGAGGAGGUUGUGUGUGGGAGCCCCAUGCCCUUGGGUCUGCCUGAAUUGUGUAAACAUAUUUAUGGAGAGGGUGAGGCAGUCUUUUUUUCCACUUGUGUCUUAUCCCUUCUGCUGCUCUGGUAAAGCACUAACAUAUUAAAUGAAUCUUCCAGCAGCAGAACUUUGAGUGGAAAUUCUUCUUUCAAGCAAAGUCUUACUAAGCAGCCACACUAUGGCAGGCAUGAGGACCCUGGGUUUCCUUCAGCUUUCUUCUGCUAGGAUUGCAGAAUGGUGUGAUAUAGAGGUACUCUAGUCCCUGGGGUGAGCCAUAUGGUUUGAGAGAUCCAGGAAGUUGGCAAGUUCCUGUUCAUGCAUUUCCAAGUACCUGAUUUCUGGAGUCAAUAGAAGCCAUGACUUGGAACCUACACUUAGCUUUCAUCCCCAUUUCUGGCAACCACUCCAAACUUCCGAUGAAUGAAUCCAGCUACUAGAAAAGACGCUUUUGCAUCUUUUGGAUUAUGCACCAAGAAACCAAAGUCCAGUUUUAAACUGGGUCUUGACAGAAAAGCCAAUUCUUCAGGGUCGAACAAAUGUGACCAUACAUAACACAAUUUGUGACACAGUGGAUUAACUCCUUCCCUGCCUUCAAGAAUGUACGACAUGGCAUCCCCUUAGCUUUCAGACUCUGGAAAAUGUGUGGCACAGAGGAUGUUGCAGAUCAAUUUAUAGAUUUUGAGUCACCUUUUGCUGGGGUCAUGAUCUGGUUGGGAGUAUUUUUUUCAAAGCUAAAAUACCCCAAAUUCCUUUUUGUUUAAAAAAAAAAAAAAAAUAGGAGUUAUGUAGCUUAAGUUCACCCAUGGUCAUUUAUAGCUUCUCUUCAAAGUAGUUUAUGAACAUUGUAUUUCUAGCCAACACGCAAUAGAACAAAAGCUGUAGUCCUGUAAAAUAAUGCCUUUCAGAUGGAUGUUAUGCAGCAUUGCACAUGUCCGAACUCCAGAAGUCUAUCAAAAUGCUUUACUGGCUUUAAAGGACUAUGAAUUGAGCCUUCAGUGAUUUUUAUGGGGCAUAGUUGACUUAUGAUUAUAGUGGCAUUCCCCACCUAACCUGCUUGACAACUACAUGGUAAAUGAUAAAUCUGUUGAGCAGCAGCUGAUUAAAUGAUAUAGUUGUAUAAGCCUAAUAUUAUACCACCUGCCAACUGAACCUGAAUUUGACGUGGGGGGCUUCCAAAUUGAGGUUGGUUAUGGGACAGAAAUUCCUUCUGCAAUGAUGCACACAAGUGAGGCAGCCUACAGAAUAACCAGCUACACGCACGGCUGCUCAUCAGUGUAUGGAGCUUUUGGAAAGCUCAUAUCCUAGGACCAAAAGAUCUUUUAUAACUUUCUAAAAAUAUUUUAAUUUGCCUUGUGACUAGUCGGUGUAGAUGAUGUGUGUGCUGGUAGGCAGACAAAAAAGCAGCUGGCUAGAGCUCUCUCUCUCUAAAUGCCCUCUCUGGCCUUGAGGGUCUUGCUUCACAUGCAUAAUAUCUUAUUUUUCAGAGGUACUGAGCUUCAGCAUCUCCCAAUGAAGUCCCUAAUAACUGCCAGUGCUGGGCAGUUCUGCAAACUAAGCCUUAGGCAGGAACCCAAAAUCAGAAGCACGCAAACCAAGACACCUCUCUGAAAACAUGGUUUGAGAGAAACCAACAAAAUAGGUGUUUGCACAGUGGCUUGAAGCCAGUCUGUGGUUGCAUUGGUGUUUGGGUGCGAUUCUCUCUUAUCUGCUAGUAACAGUGUGUAGAAUUAGUGGUGAAAGAGAGAAAAAUCCUUCCAAUAUGAACCAGUCACCUGGGGACCAGCACAAGGUUACUUCCCACAACAACUUCCUGGUGCUUUGUUUAAAGUAAUUUUGAGACAUCUCAAACCAUGCAAUUUCUGCUGCUUUCAAGCCCAGAUCAUCUGUAUUUUGGAGCUCCUGUUUAUUUCUACAAUGCAAAUACCACUUGCUGCUUUUAAUGAGGCAUAUAGCAGUGUGUGUGUGUCAAUUAAUUUAUGCAAUGGUGUAUAGUGGUUUUGUGUCAUAUGAUGCUAUGUGCACUCUGCUAUAUUUCACAUGUGCCUUUUUUCCCUUGGGCUUCAGUCUAUUUCCUGCCCCUAUCCAGUCUCCCUGGGGUAUCUGCUUUGCUAAAUUCAGCAGCAGUUGUUUGUUAGCCAUUAUGGCAUCUAUAAAAGGAAUAUAGCUCUAGCUAACCCAUCUGCUGCCACUCAUGUGCAGCUCCAUUAGGGCAAGUGUCUGACCCACUGGCACUCUGAAGUGCUACAAACCAGUUUCUGAUACAGUGCAGGAAAACCAAGAUGCCAAAUAGAGGUGUAGAAGAGUAGUCCUAAGAUGACUCUUUUGUUUCAGAAUUUUCUCUGAGCUGAGGAAAAUUAGUACUGAAUAAAAAAGAACUCUGUAUGUUAAAUCCUUCUGAGAGCUGUGCCAAUGUGAGUUUUAGGAGAGAAAAUCUUUUUUGCAGGGAGCAUGCAGAACAAAUGUAAAGAGCUGUAGGAGUUUGCUGAAGUCACAGCACCAAUUAGACCAAUGACAAUAUAUGCAAUUGCUUUAUUUACACAUCAAGGUCAUUUAUGUAGCACUUGAAUAUUCACUUGAAAGUUCAGCAUUAAAUUUUUGAUGCACUUGUGCACAUGUUCCCUCCCUCUCUCUCUCUCUCAUUUUGCUGAAGGAAGUAUAACUAUUUAUUUUGACAGAAAUGCACUUCUAAUAAAAUCUUCCUACGUUUAGUUAACAGAUUGUAUGACUCAUUUGUGUUCCUUUAAAGGUUUAUUAAAUGCACUCCAGUCUACAGCUCAAAUCUGAAAAUUCAUGUAGUUCAGGUUGAUGAUAGCUACUUGUCUUUGUUGUAGAGGGUGUAUAGACCAGGGAUUUCUAGUCCAGCUUCUGCUGACUUGGGCUGUAUUUCUUUUUUGGUUGUCUCAAUAUUGUGGCCCCCAGGUGGGGACAAGUGACAUCUAGAACUCAAAAAUGCUGAGGACCCCUGAAUAGAAGAUGUGGAUACUCCACAUUUCUGGAAAACUGGCUCUUGUGGCAACUCGUAUUGUGUACUUGGACAGAGACAUCCCAAAUUCCAGGUCAGUCCUGGACAAAUUUGGCUAGGGAUGUGCUUACAGUUUCUUGGUGUUUAUAAAAUGGGGUGAUGACACAUUCAACUUUCGUGGGCUUUUUUAUCAAGACAAAUGGAAAGGUUUGGAGUAUUGCUGCAUAUCCUACACAAACAGAAUGGUUUUCACUUGGUAUACUGUAAUUAGCAAAGAGCAGCCAUCUCUAACAGACCAGAGCUUGCUCCUAAUAUCUAAGCCUGUAUCUGCUCACUUUAAUUAUUGACUUGAGAGGGCCCAUCUAGCUAAUUUACCAGGAUACUAAUGACUGAAGAGACUACUGCCAAACCAGUUUAAGAGUUACUUGUGAUCUGGGCUUCCUUUUUAUGUGAACAAUAAGUGGGGGAAAAAAGACUGAAGGGAGAUGAGAAGGAUUGGUAAGAUGGUGUUUUUUUAGGAUGCAGCCCAAACUCAAAACUGAGAACAGCAGUUUCCCAAACUCUGACAGACUGAGCAGCACCGACUUGAAAUGAUACAGCCUUGAGUACCACCAGCAAAUUUUUCAUACACAUAGGUAACCGAGUAUGUAUUAAAACAUCAUCAAAACAUUCAGUAAUCAUAAAACAUUGUUUUAUCAGUUAUGGUAGCCAUAUAAAACAAUUGUAAAUUAGAAAAAAGACAGCAUAAACCAGGGGUUGGCAACAUCUUGCCUGCAGUACCAAAAAGACCGCAAUGUAUACAUUGUAAGGAGCUGGAGUGCAGGCACACCAGAAGAACAAAACAAGGGCAGAGGGUACAUGGCAGGACAAAAUUAAUAUU